AUGUCGGAUAUGCAAAUAGAUUCCCCCACCAUUGACGAGAGCUUGUACUCGAGACAGCUCUACGUCUUGGGUAAGGAGGCUAUGCUCAAAAUGCAGAAUGCCAAUGUACUUAUCAUUGGCCUUAAAGGUUUAGGUAACGAGAUUGCAAAGAAUGUGGCCUUGGCAGGUGUCAAGUCCUUAAGCUUGUACGACCCGCUGCCUGUGGAGUUACGUGAUCUUUCGACACAGUUCUUUUUGUCGCAGCUGGACGUGGGAAAGCCUACGGCGUCUGUGGCUGCUGAAAAGUUGAAGGAAUUGAAUCUGUACGUACCAAUCUCGGUGGUGGACGACAUCUCCGAGGCCACAUUGAGCCAGUUCAAGUGUAUUGUCGCCACCAACGUUUCCUUGGAGACUCAGGUCACCAUCAACGAAUUCGCCCACGCAAACGACAUUGGGUUUAUCUCUGCAGACAUCAGAGGACUUUUCGGACAGGUUUUCGUGGACUUGGGCGACUCGUUUGCGGUCAUCGACCAGAAUGGCGAGGAGCCUCACGCCGGAAUUGUAUCGGACAUCGAGCCCGAUGGAACCGUGACCAUGUUGGAUGACAACAGACACGGCAUGCAAGAUGGAGAAUAUGUCAAGUUCACUGAGAUUGAAGGUAUGCCCAAGCUCAACAAUGGUACACCACACAAAAUCGAGGUUUUGGGACCUUAUGCGUUCAAAAUUAAGAUUGAUGAAUCAUAUGGUACCUACGUCAAAGGUGGUUUGUACCAGCAGGUGAAGAUGCCUGUUAAGAUUAGUUUCAAGACCCUCAAGGAGCAAUUGGCCGAGCCAGAAUACGUAUUCUCGGACUUUGCAAAGUUUGACCGUCCUCCACAACUUCACUUGGGUUUCCAGGCUCUCCAUGCCUUCCAGACCAGACACCAGGGCAGAUUACCUUCCCCAUAUAACGAGGAGGAUGCCAACGAGGUGAUUCGUUACACAGAGGAGAUUGCCAGUCAGAAUCCUUCCAUUUUGGGCGAGGCUGACUUGGACAAGAAACUCAUUAGAGAGUUGGCAUUCCAAGCCACCGGUGACCUUCCAGGUAUGGUCGCUUUCUUUGGUGGUUUGGUUGCACAAGAAGUCUUGAAGUGCUGCUCUUCCAAAUUUGGUCCUGUCAAGCAAUUCAUGUAUUUUGACUCUUUAGAAUCCUUGCCAAAUGUCGAGGACUACCCUAGAAAUGCAGAAACGACCAAACCUGUUGGUUCCAGAUACGAUGGCCAGAUUGCCGUGUUUGGUGCUAAAUACCAGGAGGAAAUUGCCAAUUUGAAGGUGUUUUUGGUGGGUUCCGGUGCUAUUGGUUGUGAAAUGUUAAAGAACUGGGCCAUGAUGGGUUUGGGUUCCGGUCCAAAUGGUAAGAUCAUUGUUACCGAUAAUGACUCUAUUGAGAAAUCGAACUUGAACAGACAAUUCUUAUUCAGACCUAAGGAUGUCGGAGGCAACAAGUCUGAGAUUGCUGCUAGGGCUGUCCAGGUGAUGAACCCAGAUUUGACGGGCAAGAUCGAGGCUAAAUUAGACAAGGUGGGUAACGACACUGAGGACAUCUUCGACGACAGCUUCUGGAACCAGUUGGACUUUGUGACUAACGCCUUGGACAACGUGGAUGCCAGAACGUAUGUUGAUCGCCGUUGUAUUUUCUACAAGAAACCAUUGCUUGAGUCUGGAACUUUAGGAACCAAGGGUAACACGCAGGUUGUGAUCCCCAACAUGACUGAAUCCUACUCUUCUUCCCAUGAUCCUCCAGAGAAGUCCAUUCCAAUGUGUACUUUGAGAUCUUUCCCUAACAAGAUUGACCACACCAUUGCUUGGGCCAAGUCGUUGUUCCAGGGCUACUUUGUUGACUCUCCAGAGACUGUCAACUUAUAUUUGAGUCAACCAAAUUACGUUGAACAGACAUUGAAGCAGAACCCUGAUAUUAAGGGCACUUUGACCAACAUUUCACACCUCUUAAACGACAGACCAUACUCAUUUGAUGACUGCAUCAAGUGGGCUAGAGAGGAAUUUGAGGUCAAGUUCAACCAUGAUAUCAAGCAGUUGUUGUACAACUUCCCUGAGGACGCUGUUACUUCCAACGGAGGUGCAUUUUGGUCUGGACCAAAGAGAGCUCCAAAGCCAUUGGAGUUUGAUAUUGAGAAUCCCGACCAUCUCAACUUCGUUAUCGGUGGUGCUAAUUUAUUGGCAUACAUCUACGGCUUGAAAGAGCCAAACGCUACAAUUGAGGACUACAAGAAGGUUUUGGACAAUGUGGAAAUCAAGCCAUUUGUGCCAAAGUCGGGUGUUAAGAUUGCCGCUACUGAUGCUGAGGCUGAGGAAGAGGCAAAGAACCUCUCUGGUGCCUUUGAUGAAGAUGAGAUCAAGAAGAUUGCUGCCACCUUGCCUGAGCCAUCUACUUUGGCCGGCUACAGAUUGAACGCUAUUGAGUUCGAGAAGGAUGAUGACACCAACCACCACAUUGAGUUCAUCACUGCAGCUUCCAACUGUAGAGCCUUGAACUAUGGUAUUGAGACAGCAGAUGCAUCCAAGACCAAAUUCAUUGCCGGUAAGAUUAUUCCAGCAAUUGCCACUACGACAGCUUUGGUAACUGGUUUGAUUUGUCUCGAGUUGUACAAGGUUGUUGCUAAGCACGACGACAUCGAAAGAUACAAGAACGGAUUCGUCAACUUGGCUUUACCAUUCUUUGGAUUCUCUGAGCCAGUCCAAUCUCCAAAGAGCAAGUACAACGGAAAGGAAUUCGACCAGAUCUGGGACAGAUUUGAGAUAACGGGUAAUGUUACUUUGAAGGAGUUGCUCAACCACUUUGAAGAGAAUGAGGGUUUGGAGAUUACCAUGUUGUCCUACGGUGUAACCUUGUUAUAUGCAUCUUUCUACCCUCCUAAGAAGGUCAACGAGAGAAUGGGCAUGAACUUGACUACCUUGAUCGAGGCUGUUGGUAAGAAGGAGCUUCCAGACCAUGUCAACAAUUUGAUUCUUGAAAUCUGUUGUGACGAUAAGGAGGGUGAGGAUGUGGAGGUGCCAUACAUUAAUGUUAAGUUGUAG